CACACCUGCUUCCAUUGCGGGUCGCUUUGCUCUUUUUCAUUGCCGAUUAUCUCAUUGUGACCCUAGAUAUUAUUUACCGCAAGGGUCCCCGGUGCUAUCGGUACCUUGCACACCGGUUUUUCCCAGCUCGACCCCAAGUCCAAGGACGAGUCAAAAGCUGCAUGAAAAUCUUCAUCCUGUGAGAGAGAAGCACAAGAAACGGCCGACUGAGAAAAAGAAUUCACCAUGGCCCCGGCCGCGACAGACACCAAUUGGUCUGUCAACUACGAUGUCCUCAGACGAGAGAAGCUUUUCCGAAAUCCUCCCGAGGAUCACACCGCAUACCCCUCCCUGGCGGCCUCAAUCAAGCCGCACGUCGACUCCUUCAAUGCUCUGUUUGAAGAUAGCAGGGUUUUGGAGGCAGGUCUAAAAGACAUUGGCACUAAAACCUUCGUCGAUGAGCUGGUCGAGACUCCUGAUGAGAAAAAACAGCGCCUGGCGGAAGGACGAAAAGCCCCCAGGCGCAACCGCCUCCACGUUCGCAUUAAGGAAGUUUUUCUGGAGAAGCCGGCUAUCCCUUUGGCAAAUAAAUUCACCGCUCGCAACCGCAGUAUCUACCCAUCAGAAUGCAGAGAACGACAUGCGACAUACCGUGGAAAGCUCCGCGCGAAGAUUGAGUAUCGAGUGAACAAUGCAGACUGGGUUGAGGCAGUCAGAGAACUGGGACAGGUUCCCAUUAUGCUGAGGUCCAACCGAUGUCAUUUGGAAAAGGCGACGCCCGCGGAACUCGUCCAACACAAGGAAGAAUCGGAAGAACUAGGCGGCUAUUUUAUCGUCAAUGGUAACGAAAAGUUGAUUCGUAUGCUGAUCGUUGGACGGAGGAAUUACCCCAUGGCAAUUAUCCGUAACAGCUUCGCAAACCGUGGCCAUUCCUAUACGAAAUUCGGUGUCCAAAUUCGAUCCGUGCGCCCAGACCAGACAUCGCAGACGAACGCUCUACACUAUCUUAGCGAUGGAAAUGUGACCUUCCGCUUCUCCUGGCGCAAAAAUGAGUACAUCAUUCCUGUUGUGAUGAUCCUCAAAGCUCUCGUAGAGACAAAUGACCGUGAAAUUUUUGAAGGAAUUGUCGGAAGUGCCUCCUCUGAGGGUAUCAAGAAUACAUUCGUCACGGAUCGAGUGGAGUUGUUGCUCCGAACAUACAAAGCAUAUCGUAUUCACAGCCGUGCCGAGUGCCGGUCAUUUAUUGGAGAAAAAUUCAAGCCCGUCCUUGGUGUUCCGAUGGACAUUUCUAAUGAGGAGGCUGGUGCUGAAUUCCUGCGUAAGGUUGUCUUGCCUCACCUCGGCAACCAGAACGUCUCGGAGACCCAGGACUACGACAAAUUCAAGAUGCUAAUGUUUAUGAUUCGGAAACUCUAUGCCCUCGUCGCGGGUGACUGUGCUCCCGAUAACCCUGAUGCUGUCUCCAAUCAAGAAAUUCUGCUGGGCGGCUUCCUCUAUGGAAUGCUCUUGAAGGAGAGACUGGAGGAAUGGGUACGGUCAUUUGGCCCUAUUCUUAGGGACUGGUCCAACCGCAACCACGGGGCCCGAUUCACAGAUCCAGCCUUCGAAAGAGAUUUCUUGAGCAAGGUUGUCAAACGGUCUAACGAGAACAUUGGAGGUGCAUUGGAGUAUUUCCUCUCGACUGGUAAUCUCGUCAGUCCUACGGGUCUUGACUUACAGCAGACAUCUGGUUACACAGUCAUGGCGGAAAAGAUCAACUUCUACCGAUUUAUCAGUCAUUUCCGAAUGAUCCACAGAGGUAGUUUUUUCGCGCAGCUUAAGACCACUACUGUCCGUAAGCUUCUUCCUGAGAGCUGGGGCUUCCUGUGCCCCGUCCAUACUCCUGAUGGAUCGCCUUGUGGUCUUCUUAACCAUCUUGCCCAUAAAUGUCUGGUGGCAACCAACGAUGUUGAAGUUCCCCAUCUUCCAAAGCUCCUUGUUCAGCUCGGCGUUCGCAGUGAAUCGUCCGUUUCAUUGGACGAGAGUGUUUGCGUCCAGCUGGAUGGAAGGAUCGUCGGAUACUGCUCCCCCAAACAAGCCCGCGUGGUUUCCAACACCCUAAGACACUGGAAGGUCUCUGGCAUGCACAAUAUUCCUCUGGAAUUAGAGAUUGGCUAUGUUCCCAAUUCCAACGGUGGCCAGUACCCUGGAGUCUACCUUUUUUCACAAGCCGCUCGUAUGUACCGUCCAGUCAAGUACUUGCCUCUCGACAGGCUCGACUACGUGGGCCCAUUCGAGCAGCCAUUCAUGGAAAUUGCAUGCUUGCCGUCCGACCUGGUCUCGGGUGUUUCGAGUCAUAUCGAAUAUACUCCCACCAAUAUCCUCUCCAUCGUUGCCAACAUGACGCCUUUCUCCGAUUAUAACCAGUCUCCUCGUAACAUGUAUCAGUGCCAGAUGAGCAAGCAGACAAUGGGAACACCAGGUACUGCUAUCAAUUACCGUACAGACAACAAGCUUUAUCGACUACAAACCGGACAAACGCCCAUUGUCCGACCUCCCCUCUACAAUGCCUAUGGUUUGGACAACUUCCCCAACGGUACGAAUGCAGUUGUGGCUAUUAUCUCAUACACUGGUUACGACAUGGACGACGCUAUGAUUAUCAAUAAAUCUUCCCACGAACGUGGAUUCGGUUACGGUACGAUUUACAAGACCAAAGUUCAUUCUCUUGACGAGAAUGAUUCACGACGAACCAAGUCCCGACACGGAAUCGCCAAGCUCUUCGGCUUUGCCCCGGGGAGCGAGAUUCGGGCUGAGUGGCGUGCUACUCUUGACGAAGACGGUCUUCCUCAUAUCGGUGCUCGCGUGACAGAAGGCAGUAUUGUUGCUGCAUACCACACGGUGCGGUAUGAUGCUACUUCAGACUCGUACGUGAACGUUGAUGGUAUCACCCACUUCGUUAAGUACAAGGACACCGAAGAAGGAUACAUCGACAGCAUCCGUAUCAUGGGAUCAGAAACUGGUGCUGAGCCUUGCCAGGCCAUUAGCGUCAAAUACCGUGUUCCCAGAAAGCCCAUCAUUGGUGACAAGUUCUCUUCACGUCACGGACAAAAGGGUGUCUGCUCUCAACUGUGGCCUGCAGUCGACAUGCCAUUCUCUGAGAGUGGAAUCCAGCCAGACUUGAUUAUCAACCCUCACGCUUUCCCUUCGCGUAUGACAAUCGCCCAGAUGAUUGAAUCAAUGGCUGGCAAGGCCGGUGCUCUUCACGGCCACCCGCAAGACUGCACUCCCUUCCAAUUCUCCGAAGAAAAUACCGCAACCGACUUCUUCGGCGAACAGCUCCGCAAAGCCGGCUACAACUACUACGGAAACGAACCCCUCUACUCCGGCAUUACAGGCAAGGAGUUCGCGGCUGACAUCUUCAUCGGCGUCGUCCACUACCAACGUCUCCGUCACAUGGUUAACGACAAAUUCCAAGUUCGUACAACUGGUCCCGUUAACAACCUCACGGGCCAACCCGUCAAGGGCCGUGCCAAGGGUGGUGGUAUCCGUGUCGGAGAAAUGGAACGCGACUCACUGAUCGCCCACGGCGCCGCUUUCCUUCUUCAAGACCGUCUCAUGAACUGCUCGGAUUCCCAGCGCACAUGGAUCUGUCGCGACUGCGGCUCCUUCCUCUCCACACAGGUGGCUGUUUCCUCAGCUGGAUCCAGCAAGGCCCGGUUAGCAGCUAAGGCUGCUUCUGGUGGACAGCACCAGCAGAACAACAACAACAACAACAACAGCAGCAGCAGCAGCAGCAGCAGUUCUGCCUCUGCUGCGCUAGGCGGCACAACUGGUAUCGUUCGGUGUAGGCGCUGCGCUCGAGAAGCGGUCUUCGAGGACUCCCGCGCUGUGGUCUGGGAAGACGGAGAUGGCCACCGCUAUGUGGGCGGCGAUAAUGUCACUGUUGUUGCUGUGCCGGGUGUCCUGCGUUACCUGGAUGUCGAACUUGCAGCCAUGGGUAUCCGGAUGAAGUUCCGUGUUGAUAAUUAAUGACCUCUCAUGCAUGCAUACCUGUCUGUCCCACCUUUUUUUUUUUUUUACAAGGGGGAAACUAGAUAAGGUGGGAUAAAGAAAAAGAGAAUGAAUGAGAAGAAAAAAUGAAAAGGAAAGAAAAUGUGUAUUGCCAAAAAAAAAAAAAAAAAAAAAGAAA